UUUUUCUGUUUCUUUCCCUCCUUCUUGUAGUCGCUAGCAAGUACCAGUUCACGCCGUCAGCGCUGGAGCAGCGGCCAGAUUCGGGGUUACGUAUCGGGUAUAAACAUCUCUGUGUAUUCUCCUCCUCCUCCUCCUCUCAGCUGGACUGCUGGGACUUCGUGCGCAGCGAUGUCCCUCGCGUGGCUCUAGUGUCUGGUACUGCUUCUAUCAGUGCUGGUAUUUUGCCUUGACUGAAAUAUGGAGAAGGAAGACAUGAAGCUUAUUAAAAAAGGGGAGGAGGAAGAGAUGGAGAUUUGGGGUUACAAGUUAUCCAGAUGGAAGCUAGCAUUUAUCAGCUGUGCAGUUUUUUGCACUGGUGGACUACUCCUCCUUUUUCUGUAUUGGAUGCCAGAGUGGUGUGUGAAAGCAACAUGUACGAAGACUUCUAUGAAGGAAGCAGAAGUGGUCUUGCUGAGAACUACUGAUGAAUUUAAAAGAUGGUUUCGAGCUAAAGUACGCUUUCUUCUGUCCCCUGGAAAGAACCCAUUUGAGUGUCCAAAUGCAAGAUAUAAAAAUUGGGCCAAUGGUCAUGCAUCUCAUUUGGGUGAGGAUCAUUCAGAGGACUUCAAGCAUAUAUAUUCAGAGUAUCAGCCUUUACAGAUUCGCUACUUUACUCUUCACAGUGAAACAUUCUACUGGAAUGAAGUCAGUCAGAAUUUUGAAGUAUUUAAUGGCUUAGAUGAUGUGGGUUUGAAAUGUUCAUCCCUUCAUAAUGAACACAGCAAUGGACUGACUAAAGAGGAGCAAGACUAUAGGAGACUAUUUUUUGGGGUGAAUGAAAUUGCUGUUAAAGUGCCAUCAGUUUUUAAACUGCUAAUUAAAGAAGUUCUAAAUCCCUUUUACAUCUUUCAGCUGUUCAGUAUUAUUUUGUGGAGUGCUGAUGAGUAUUACUAUUAUGCUGUGGCCAUUUUUAUCAUGUCUGCCAUUUCAAUAGCUACCUCUUUAUACACCAUUAAAAAGCAAUACAUUGUAUUACAUGAUAUGGUAGCAACCCACAGUAUUGUCAGAGUAUCAGUGUGCAGGACGAAGGAUGUUAUUGAACAGGCAAUGUCUACUGAUCUUGUCCCUGGUGAUGUCAUUGUGAUCCCAGCCAAUGGAACAAUUAUGCCUUGUGAUGCUGUAUUGGUGAGUGGCACCUGUAUUGUCAACGAGAGUAUGUUGACAGGAGAAAGCAUUCCAGUUACAAAGACUAACCUGCCAAAUCCUAGUAGAGGUAUGAAAGAAACAGAUCAAGAUGAAGUCUUCAGUUUGGAGGAACACAAACGACAUAUAUUGUAUUGUGGGACAAAUGUAAUCCAGACACGUUUUUAUGCAGGAGAACUUGUGAAAGCAGUGGUGGUAAGAACUGGCUUCAGUACAUCAAAGGGACAGUUGGUACGAUCAAUUUUGUACCCAAAACCAAUGGAUUUCAAGCUGUACCGAGACGCUUAUCUUUUUCUUCUGUGUCUUGUGGCAGUGGCUGCAAUUGGCUUUAUAUACACAGUUGUCAAUAGCAUCAUGAACAAGGUGCCAGCAUCAACAAUAAUCAUAGAGUCUCUGGACAUAAUUACUAUCACAGUCCCACCAGCAUUACCUGCGGCCAUGACUGCUGGAAUUGUCUAUGCACAGAAGAGGCUCAAAAGAAUUGGAAUCUUCUGCAUUAGUCCACAGAGAAUAAACAUUUGUGGGCAGCUCAAUCUUGUCUGCUUUGACAAGACUGGAACACUAACAGAAGAUGGCCUUGACUUAUGGGGAAUCCAUAGAGUUGAACAAAACUGUUUUCUUGAGCCUGAAACUUCUGGAUUCAAGGAACAUUUAGUAAAAUCCAGUUUUGUGGCUUGCAUGGCAACUUGUCACUCACUUACCAAGAUUGAGGGGCAAAUUUCAGGAGAUCCUCUCGACCUGAAGAUGUUUGAGGCAACUGGAUGGAUUUUAGAAGAAGCAACAGAAGAGGAGACAGCUUUGCAUGAUCGGAUGAUGCCCACAGUAGUUCAACCUCCAAAACAGCUGCUUCCAGAGGCUGCAGCACCACAACAUGAAAUGGAACUUUAUGAGCUACCGACAACUUAUGAAAUUGGGAUAGUCAGACAAUUUCCUUUUUCAUCAUCCUUUCAAAGGAUGAGUGUUGUUACUCGAACUCUUGGGGAGAGACGCAUGGAUGCAUACCUGAAAGGUGCACCAGAAGUAGUUGCUAGCCUUUGUAAAAAAGACACAGUUCCAUCUGAUUUUGUUGAUAUUUUGGAGCAGUAUACCAAACAGGGAUUAAGAGUCAUAGCUUUGGCUCAUAGGAAGCUUGAGUCAAAACUUUCCUGGCACAAAGUACAGAACAUUAACAGAGAUGCCAUUGAGUGCAAUAUGGAGUUUUUGGGGUUAAUAAUUAUGCAAAAUAAAUUGAAGUUGGAGACAGCAAGUGUAUUGGAACAGUUGCAUAAAGCUAAUAUUCGUACUGUUAUGGUCACUGGUGACAAUAUGUUAACAGCUAUUUCAGUUGCUCGGGAUUGUGGAAUGAUUCCUCCCAAUGAAAAAGUUAUUAUUGCUGAUGCAAUUGCUCCCAAGGAUGGACAGACAGCCAAGAUUGACUGGCACUAUGCAGAUAAUCCAGUGAAGCAAUGUUCUACUACAGCAGGGUUACAUUCAGAGGAAAUGUAUAUAAAUCUGGGAGAUGACUGUUUAAAAGAUGAUCAACACUGCCCUGAGGGUUACCAUUUUGCAAUGAAUGGAAAAUCCUUUGCUGUCAUCGCGGAACACUUUCCAGAUUUGAUCCAGAAGCUUGUACUUCAUGGCACAGUUUUUGCUCGAAUGGCUCCGGCUCAGAAAACUCAGCUGGUUGAAACACUACAGAGUGUGGACUAUUUUGUUGGCAUGUGUGGUGAUGGUGCAAACGACUGUGGGGCCCUGAAAAGAGCUCAUAGUGGAAUCUCAUUAUCUGAACUGGAGGCCUCUGUUGCAUCUCCUUUCACCUCCAAAACUCCCAGCAUUUCUUGCGUUCCUAAUCUUAUCAGGGAAGGUCGUGCGGCACUGAUUACUUCCUUCUGUGUGUUCAAGUUCAUGGCCCUAUACAGUAUUAUCCAGUAUAUCAGUGUCACACUCCUUUAUUCUAUUCUGAGCAACCUAGGAGAUUUUCAGUUCCUGUUUAUCGAUAUCGCAAUCAUCCUUGUGGUUGUAUUUACAAUGAGCUUAAACCCUGCCUGGAAAGAGCUAGUGUCACAGAAACCACCCUCUGGUCUCAUAUCUGCACCACUGCUGUUUUCAGUCCUUACUCAAAUCAUCAUCUGUCUGGGCUUCCAAACACUUUCCUUCAUCUGGGUUAAACAGCAGCCCUGGUAUGAGACAUGGACCCCAGUCUCAGAUGCCUGCAAUUCAUCAGUGACCCAACAUGCCAUAUCACUCGGUCAUAACAAGACAGAUGAGCAUAACAUCAAAAAUUAUGAGAACACAACACUGUUCUUCAUUUCUUCUUUCCAGUACCUGAUUGUGGCAUUAGUGUUCUCCAAAGGCAAACCUUUCAGGCAACCCAGCUACAGAAACGUGCCAUUUAUGGUAUCCUUGCUUUCACUGUAUGCCUUCAUUUUAUUCAUUCUGCUAUAUCCAGUGGAGAAGAUUGAUAACUUCCUGGAAGUCGUGUGUGUUCCUAAUCAGUGGCGUUUUACAAUGCUGUUAAUAGUUAUAGUUAACUCCAUAGUGUCUCUUCUUACUGAGAAUGUCCUCCUUGAUAUCAUCUUAUGGAAGCUUAUAUUCAGCCGAGACAAGCAGGGGAGCUCUGGCAUCACCUCACAGACAGCACAGAAGAGCAUUGACCGAUUUGGUGAGACCUGCUUCUCCUUCUUGUGCUGUCAGAAGAAAAGGCCUCCCAAAGCAAAAUACAUGAACUUGGCUCAGGAGCUGCUUUUCGAUCCUGAGUGGCCUCCCAAACCAAAGACAACUACUGAAGCCAGGCCUGCUUCCAACUCAGAAAGCAAAGCAUACCAAAUUAUUUCUUCUACAUAAUGAAUGACCUUUGACUCCAAGUUUUUGAACUGAGCACUUCCUCAUGUCCAAGGUGCCCUAUCCUAUUUUUAGGUUUCUUCAAUUUAUCUCCUUAAUGCCAAGUUGAAAUCAGUGAUGGCUAAAUAAUUCACAGUAAAGCAUCUGAACUGGUUUAACUUCCAUUUCACUGAAAGUCAUGCAGUUUGAUGGAUUGUUUUAUCUUCCAUGCAGCUUUGAGUGGAGAAAGAGUACUUUUAUCAAUGAACUUGACGUUGCAGGAAUACCAGAAUUUUAAUGGUCGGUUUUUAAUUCACUGCCCAUCCAUGAAGAUGUACGGUGUAGGCUUAAUGUUCCUCUCUUACUGUUACUCAUUACCUCAGGGGUAUGUACAGUGAAGAGAAAUUCUUGCCACCAGGUACUUGAAGACAUUUUUUUUAACCAAAAUGAAGAAAUAAGAACUUUCCUGCAUUCAAGGAAUCAAUUGAAUGAAAUAUUUGUGAGCUGCUCAACAUUGCAAAGCACAAUAUGCAAAAAAUGAAAAAAUGAGGAGUGCAGUCUGGUGUUGCCUCUUUUUAAUUUAUUAUUUUAGUUCACAUUCCAUUUUAUCCACCAGACUGCUUCAUCCAUUUAAGACUUGUUCUAGAAGUCAGCAGUAAUUUAUUACCUCAUUUUGUUCAGUGUGAAAUGUACAGGAUUUAUGUGUGAGUAGCGAAAAAGAGUGAAUGACUUUGUGAAUUUUGUUGGAAGUCCCAGCUUAGUUUACUCCUUGGCAGCAGAAGCCAGUACAUUCCAUUCAUUGUGGGUUUGUAAACCAGUUACAACACUAUGAUGUGGAAACAUCAUGCACAGGCUCAGCAAAGAUCAAACUUUCAGAAUCUGGUAUUUUUGGGACUUUUUUAAAAUUAUCUUAUGUUUACUACAUUUUUAAAUAGUAGUUAGUUUAAGUACAUUUUUAAAACGUACUUUAAACCCCAUUGAAAUUUUGUAUGCUUUCCAAUGAAUGAGGUUGUUAUUUUUAAUCCUAUCUUGUAAGGUGUUUGACCUUUCAUAUUCAGUCUUUUUUUAACGUUAAUGUGAUAUGUCUUUUUUAUUUUAAAAAUCAAGAUAA